UAUAAUUGGUUAAAGACCUGAAGCUUUGUCUAGAGGCUUGGAAUAUUUUUUAUUAUAGUUCACAAGUUGUAUAUGACUUAUCUUGUGUCCCAGCGGAAUAUGAAAACACAGGCAAAGAGAUGGAGUCCAUGCUGGCUGCGCAGACCUGCCCAACUGUCCAGUGUGUCUGAAAGUGAGGCCCCUUGGCACAGGAGGGCGUCAGUUAAGGGUAUUCCCUGUGGAAUUCAGAGAUCUAAGCCUCAAGGAACUGGGAAGGUCCAGAAAGUGACAGGACACACCUGGCAGGCACUGAGCUUGGGAGAGGCUGCUUGUUCUGGUCUACAGCUAUUCCACAUGCUCAUAACAUCCCCAAUGUCCAGUUGUUUUAUUUAUCCAUUGGGCCUUUUCUAACUCCCCUCAGCCGCUCCCCUCCAUGAACCCCUUCAAAGGGCUCUGCCCAGACUGAGUCUCUGAGCUCCCUGCAACACUUCACUUAGCUUUAUCUAGCUCAGGGGUCUGCAAACCUUUUCUGUAAAAGGUAGAAGAGUGAAUAUUUUAGAGCUUGCAAGCUAUAUGGUUUCUGUCACAAUCAUUAACUCUGCCGUGGUAUAUGACAGAGAAGCAGCCAAAGACAAGAUGUAAACAAACAACUAUGAGUGAUUUCAACAAAACUCCAUGCACAUUGAAAUUCAAAUUUCAUAUAAUUUUCACAUGUAAAAAUAGUAUCUUUAUCUUGAUAUUUUUCCCAACUAUUAUUAAUAAAAAGUGUAAAAACCAUUCCUAGACCACAGGCCAUUUGAAAACGAGCCACAGGCGCACCAGCUGUAGGCCCAGGUUUGUUAAUCCCUGCUUCGGCGGGCUACCCUCCAAUGCCAGAGGUGGGGCUGGGCCUAUGAGGCCUCAUCAGUAACAAACGGUAUCCUGGGAAUACCAGUGGUUGCAAGUGCCGCUGAAAAUAAGGAUCCUGAAGACUUAGGUUCUAAGCCUGUCUCUGAUAACCUUCGUGGCUUCCCUACCCCUUAAUGUCAGAACUUAACUAACAUGGCAUUUGCAGCCCUCUGUGACCUAACCCCUGUCCUCAGGCCCACUUUCAACUCCUGGCGCCAUCCUCUGGGGUUCCUAAGCCAUGGUCCCUCUUUCGAGCGAGGCUUUGUGCCUUCCAUGCUUUUCCCUUUCCUGGGAGUAGUUUUGUGCCAGCCAGAAGGCAAGCAAAGGGGCAGAGUCAGGCCAGACAUCGUUGUCUGCAGCUCGCUGGCCAGAAGCAUGGCCUAGGAGCUUGGCGCCAGGGCCGAAGGAGAACAACCUCGUUCUAGCGGCCUAGAGGAAGUCGCACAUCCGCCACCGUCUGCAUGCGCCGUGACAGCUCCUGCCACCCUGCAGCGGUUCCUGGAGACCCUCUCUCUCCAAGACCAAGCAGCUGCAGGAGGGGCGAGCGCAGGAGAACCAGCUUAAGAAACAGCUUGAACAGCGGUCUAAGGAGGGCGCAUGUCCCUGUGCUUUGUAUACAGGGACUGUACCUCUGGUAGCGUCCCUGUCCCCGCCCUGUUUGCAGGAGGCGCCAGCAGAGCCGCCCCAGCCGCCCGUGUGUCGUGUGAUUGAUGGGGGAAAGGAGAGGCCAGCCUAUUCCUCCCUCUACGCUUCAUGUCAUCCCCAAAGCAGUGCGGGGCACGCAGGUCCCGCCCGCGGCCGCUCACAGUAAACGGGAGGAGGCAGCCUCCACCCAGCUUCGCCUUGGACCCGGGCGACACCCGCGCUGGCCGAAGCAGCCAUAAAGAUACUCCCCAGGCGGCACCUGGAGAGGCGGAGCCGGGAGAGGAGGAGGAGGAGGGCGAGGGCGGGACCGCCGAGAUAGUCCUGGAAACUGCUGGAAGUAUCGCAGUACCGCCGCCUGCGCUCCUUCCGCCGCAGGCCGGCAAAGAGUUCUCCGGCUGCGGAGGCCGGCGCCCCUCCCCGCAGGUGGAGCCGCGGCCUGCGGCGAACCGCCCACUCUUUCCGUGCUCCCGUGAGUCGGCAUCUGCGGCCGCCCAGAGUUGGGUCCCCAGUGCUGCACCGUCCCCCGCCGGGACGCGAGAUGUGUGGCGGAGGGAUCCGGCGGAGUGCGGCUGUGUGGUGCUCCGCCUUAUAUAGGGCAACUGGGCGCGCACGGUAGCUCUCUUGAGUCACCCC